AUGCGAAAAAUAUCAUUGCUUGUGUUGUUAGUGUUUUUUGUGCACUGUCUUGUUGCUAAGGACUUGAUAUUAGGUACAAGAGUGAAUAACUUGUUAAUAUCUACUGAAAAAUUUGUGUUUAAGGGAAUUCCAUUAAUAAAAAGGGACAAGGAUUACACUUAUAAUGAUCCGAAGCAACGAGUUAUUAAGGGUGUCAUCGCUCGUGACCUAUCUCGUUCGGAAGCUGAUGUGACGGUGACACAUGGUGGAGUGGGUAAAACCCACAUUACGUUGCAUAUGAAGAGUGCAAGGGGGGAAGGUCUUAACUACCUCAUAUUAAUUUUCAGCGAAAAUAAAUAA